AAACAAAACCUCUACCACGUAAACUGAACAUGACAGUGCCAGCAGGGAUUAAAAGCUAUCUCGAUGAGUUGGACUUUCUUCAGGAACGAGUAUUCGACAAGAUUGAAUCCAUAACCAAUAUCAAUGAAUCGAAGGAAGCCUCUGAGAAUAUCUCUAUUGAGUUUACCCGAUCUAAGAUUUCCAAAGAAGUCACGAAGUUGAUACUACAGUUUGAAGAAUUGGUAACGGUGCUCAACGCCCAGAUCCUCAAUUAUAGAGACAUCAAAGAAGUACAAGUGUUGGGAGAGGUGUAUAAAGAUAAACUUGUCCAUCUAAGAAUCGACUUAAGAGAAGCACAAAUGGAGUCAUAUCGGCAAGAAGAAGAGAUUGUUCACAAACAGCGAGUGAAGAAGUUUGGCACAGUACCAGAAAGACCCAAGACCAUGGAAGAAAUGAAACAUGAACUAUUUGAAGGAAGGCUGCAAGAAGAGGAAAACAGAUUAAGAGAAAAGAGUGCUGAAGAUCAACUCGUAGAGCAAAAUAAGAGUAUUACUGCGACAUUACAAAGCACCAGACAGCUUAUGACCACCUCCAUAGUACAGACUGAGUUGAAUAUCGACUCAUUGGAACAACAGACGAAGGACUUGAGUGCUUUUGAUAUUUUGUUGAAUGAGUUGACGUCUACUUUAAGAAAGUCAGGGAAUAUAGUCAAGUUCAUUGAAAAGCAAGACAAACAAGACAAGUACAGAAUCUACUUGAGCAUAGGCUUUUUAUUGGUAUGUUGUGCCUGGGUAGUGUGGAGAAGAAUCUUGAAGGUUCCAGUGAAGAUUCUUUUAUGGUCAAUAUUGAGGAUAUUCAGAGUAUUCUUGUGGUUCCUACCUAAAUCAACCGAGAAAGACAUACUUGAGAGUGUCGAUGUUAGUACUGGCAUUUCAAUAGCCACUGCCACUUUCACCGCAUCAAGCAUUGACACGCAGAGUAUGGCAUCAGAGGAAACGGUUGUUCAAACAUGGGAACAAAUUGUCGAGACCGCUACAUCACUAAUAAAAGACGAACUUUGAUACUAUAAAUCUAUAGUACUAUGGAUUCUGGAUGGUUACAGAAGCACCGUUGUCCUUGGAACUCUUCAAAGCAGCAUCCACGAUCGCCAAGUGAUGGAACGCUUUUCUUGGGGAAAUUGCAAUCACCGACUUAUCGUUGGCAGUCACGGCAUCUGCAAAGUUAACGAAUUCUUUUUCAUACGAGUCUCCUUCUUCAACAGCGAUUGUUUGUGAUUCACCAGAGUUGCCAUCUUUGCCAAUUCUGAUCACCAAAGAAGGCUUUCCUUCCGCGGGUGCCAAAGUAUAGACAAGCGACCCAUUUUUACCGUAAAUAGCAAACUCCAACUUCUUUUCAGAUGCACCAAAGGCUGAUCCAUAGACAAAUGUACCGAUGGCUCCACUUUGCAACUUGAUAGUAGAGAACAAGGUGUCUUGAUCACCACUUUCUUCACGCAACUGCACCGUAUUGGCCGAAAUCGUUUCAACAGAUCCCAACACUUCAGUCAACAAGGUCAUUUGAUGAACACCUCCAUCACUCAAGAAUCCUCCAACAUGUUCAGGUUUCUGUCUCCAAGUGGUAGCCAAAUACUUGUUGUUGGUAUUCCAAGGACCAGUUGAUUUGUAAGUGAAAGCCGUAACGUCGCCGAUUUUGGGCAAUUGGUCUUGGAGGGCUCCGACAGCAUUGUAGAAGGCCCAGUUUUCCAAAAUACCAAUUGGCAAGUCAGUAGAUUCAGCAAUUUUGACGAUUUCAGCAGCCUGUGUUAAAUUGGCAGCCACAGGCUUUUCCAAUGCCAAUGGCUUAUUGUGCUUAACUGCCAACUUGACGACGUCCAAGUUGAAUUGUACUGGUAGCAAGGCAUCCACAAAGUCUACUUCCUUGUCUUCGAAGGCUUUUUCCAAAGAGUCGUAGACCUUGGAUUUAUCGAUGUUGGCCCUUUCAGCAAAGGUCUCAGCUUUGGCCUUGGUUCUGUUGUAACAGGCAAUUGGCGUGAGGUAGGGGAUCUUGUUAAAGGUAGGCAAGUGGGCAUCAUUAGCAAAAAUACCUGUACCGAUGACAGCGAUGUUUAAGUUUUUAGGAGACAUAGUUGUUGGGUGUAAUUGGAGUAGAAAUCCGAUUAUUCAUAUAACAGUGCGUGCCGGAGCAUUUUGCUCCUCAAAAGGUUGAACAAGGAAAAACUGCGGCUUUGGGUUGGAGCCACGGGAACUUCAGUGUCUGGUGUUACAGCGCUUUGGAAUGAAUGCCACUCCAUAAUUUUCAGAAGAGGGAUAGUGAUCACGAAUCCAGAAGCUCUGACCCAUCACUUGGUUUAUAUAUGGCUUUGAUAUUCUGUAAAUAACUCUCAUUCAACUUAACUUAACACCAAUUCAUUUCUGCCAUUCAUGUCCUAAAUUUGAAUGUAAUGGCAUACAGACCAAAUACAAUUCUCAGCGUACUUUCUUCACCUUUUUGAUCCCGACGUAACGACUAUACGGGAUGUAUAGUCUGUGUUUGGUUCAAUUCACAAAUCUUCCGUUGAA